UCUCAUGCAUCCACAGCCUUUCGUCGCAAAGACUCAUUUAUAUCCUCCUCCUCGAUAGCAUCUGCCAGUGAAUGGAACAGCACACAGGCUCUGCUCCCUUUGAAGGCCCUGAAAAACUCCUUGAGAUCUGGUUUGCACCGUCUCCAGCUCAUUUGCCCGAUGCCAACGGUUCUGCGGAUGGUAAAAUCGGCCUCAGAAAGGUCGAACGAGCUGUGUGGGAGGGCAUGCUCGACAUCGUCAAGUGCAGUGUCCUCAGCAUGGUAUCUGGCGCCGAUUUCGACGCCUAUCUGCUAAGCGAAUCUUCUCUAUUCGUUUCCCCCCACCGUCUUAUUUUGAAGACAUGCGGUACUACCCUUAAUCUUCUCGGGCUUCCCCGUAUCCUGGAGAUUGCCGCAGUCCAUGCCGACUUGCACACCGUCUAUCGCUGUUUCUAUUCUCGCAAGUCAUUCAUGUUUCCUGAUCGCCAGCAUGGUCCCCAUCGCGACUGGAAAUAUGAAGUUGAAUUUCUUGACAAUAUCUUUGCCAAUGGCGCCGCCUAUACCGUCGGAAAGGUGAACGGUGAUCACUGGCUUCUCUACCUCACCAAUCCAGAGGAGGAAGUCUCUCCAUCUCUAUCUAUACCGCCGGCCAUCGAUACCACCUGCGAUCUUGAAUUCCCCGACUACACCAUAGAGAUCCUCAUGAGCGACCUUUCGCCCUCGGCACGCGAACGUUUCUUCCUUUCUUCCCCUACAGAUGAUCCAGCCCUCCACGCUGCGGCCUUGUCCCAAUCCUUAGCAAUCACCGAGAUCUUUCCGUCACACCUCACCACUCUUGAUGCAUAUUCCUUUUCUCCAUGUGGAUACUCUUCAAAUGCACUUAUCAAGUGGGGUGAAGACUCGUCAUUCGUGGCUUCCCCAAACGGCGCCAAUACUCAUCCUGGCGAAGGGUACUAUACUAUCCAUGUCACUCCAGAAGAAGGCUGGUCUUAUGCCAGUUUUGAAUGCAACGUUCCACUGCCUCCCUCCCGUCCAUCGCCUAACGAUCCUCGCACGAUCCCAGACCUCAAAACGCUCAUCCAGCGUGUUGUUUCUAUUUUCCAGCCCGGCCGGCUCACUCUCACACUCUUCAUUUCCUGCGAAGAGAAUGAAGUUGAUAUAGGAGAGAGGAGCCCCGUCGAAGCUGCCCAGCAAGCUUUCCGCGCUGCGCUUUGUGUACCCGUCGCCAAGCAGCACGGCAAGGUCAAUGGCAAUCAACUGAACGGCCUAUCCCCCGGAACAUACAAAAGGACGGACAAGAUUAACUACGAGUUUGGAGGGUAUGACCUUGCAUUCGCUAGCUUUGAGCUGGUAUCGUAAAACAUGGAUUGUAAUCGUACAAUGCUAUAGAUACUCCUUAAAGAUAUACAAUGAUUACAACUACAAUGUGUUUAACCAAUCUCUGAUUGUCUCUCGGAGUCACCCUUGACUUGGAUGGAAGAUGGUCCCUUGUUCUUGCUCGCGCAAUGUGGACAGAGACUAUUGAACAUGUCGACCAUUGGCCAGGUGAUGUUUGCCUGGAACUACGCUGUCAGCUCAUCCUUUCCGGACCAACGAGACGACUCACAAAAUAUAAGCCUCGAAGUUCC